AAAGCAGCUGCGCUCACUCCAGCGUGCGGACUGAAGCUGAUGCGCGUGAACAACAACUCAACCGAGCGCAGCCGGUGUUACAUCUCUGUAAUGCACUUUAUGUUCGCCUGUUUUUAACUGCAAGUGCCUCAACCAAGACUUAAGAAUAACUAAUAUGUAUUCGCAGUCAGGAUAUGCAAUUUCCUCCAGAAGUGAACCAAUGCAUCUCCGUUUGAGGAACUUGAUUCGCCCUGGAGUCUCAAUGUCAUCCUGAAGCUGAGCGAUGCCCGAGGAACUUUCCAGAUAGAUCAAUGUUAUGAACUUACAGUAUGCCUUCAUUACACCAUGGCGCUAUUUUCAUUGGAGUAUUUUUGAUAGUCACCGGUGGCUCCACCGCGUUUCUAACUUCUAACCAAAGUCGUCUGCAGGCGUUCAGCAUGUGCUGCGUGGUGCUCGGGGCGGUCAUGCUCAUAUUAGGACUUUUCUGGGCGAUGAACGGCAAGAGAAACCCGGUGCCUUAUAAUGAAGAGUACAGUCACGACUACAGCCAGGUCCUGUUCACCCCACCGCCCGGAAACCACUUCCCUGAGUCCCAGUCCGUCUUUCUACACGGGACUUUGCAAAGACGAGGUGUAUACGGUGAAGAUUUGGACUAUCCCCCAAUGGAGCCAACGUGUUUCAGUCCUACUAGUCGUGUCCGGCCGCCUCACUGGGACAUGGAGCCUCCUCCGCCAUAUGAAGUGGCCAUCAAAACCACCAGGAGCUCCACACAACUGAGACGUAGCUUCUCAGACACACACCUCCUCACUGAGCCUCUGUUUGGACGCUCCAGGGAGAUCAGCUUCGAAGUGUGAUAUCUAGACCAUGUGCAUCUCUUGAGACCCAAAAUAAGGAGCAAAACACACCCUGAAAUAUUUAAUAAGAAGUGCAAAACAGGCAUUGACCGUCCACUGCUUGUCCAGGAAGCGUUUGUGAUGAUUCUUGCGUCUUAAUUCCGUGUUUACAGCCUUACAUAGACAGAACUGUCGAAUUCUAUGCUUCCCCCCCCCCCAAGUAAAAUGAACUCUAAAUGUAAAACCUGUACAUGGAAGCUGAAGCGGAUGGAAGUAAUGCUGCAGUCACACUGGAGUUUGAGUUUUUGAGCUUUCUGCUGUACAGCGCUGCGAGAAGGGGUGGGAUUAAACAAGAUGAUUAGACAUUAAAAAGCAAGCGAUUGGUCCAUGUUUUAAAUUUCUGUCCAGAGAGGUCAUGUUUUGAUCUUUGAUUGGUAUCACGCAAUCACGUGAUGCAAUUUCGCAGGUCAGAGUUCACCAAGCUUGAACUUUCCAACGCAACGAACUGCGAAACUUGCCGCACAACAUUGUGUUUCCGGUCUGACGCAUUCACGUGCAUAUGAAUAGAAGUCUAUGGGGAGAAAAGUGCAGUGUGACCGCAGCUGAAGUGUUUAAUCACUCAAUAAACAAUCUAAUGCAGGAGGUUUUUAUUUUAGGUGUAUAAAUAAAUAUUAUUUUGCCUAUAUAUGUAUAUACAGUAUACUGUGCCCAGCAUAAAUGAGAUACACUCCUUACUGAUCUUUUUUUUUUUGUAUUAUUACAUUCUUUUGACAUUAUUCUUAAUGUUUGAGCAGGCACCACCAUUGCAAUCUUUUUGGCUCGAAACUUCCAGUCUCAUUCAUUAGAAAACAGCUGUGCUGCUUGUUGUGCUGCUUGAUGUUGCAAACUGAUUCAUUCAUUUUCUUUUCGGCUUAGUCCCUUUAUUAAUCUGGGGUCGCCACAGUGGAAUGAACCGCCAACUCAUCCAGCAUAUUUUUAACGCAGCGGAUGCACUUCCAGCCGCAACCUAUCACCGGGAAACAUUCAUACACUCUCAUACACACACACUCAUACACUAAGAAGUCUUUGGACUUGUGGGGGACACCGGAGCACCCAGAGGAAACCCACGUAAACACGGGGAGAACAUGCAAACUCCACACAGAAAUGCCAACUGACCCAGCCGAGGCUCGAACCAGUGACCUUCUUGCUGUGAGGCAACAGCACUACCUACUGCGCCACCGCGUCACCCAUGUUGCAAACUGAUAUUUUUUAUUAUAUUAUUAUACUUUUUAUGUAUAGUCAUGAACAUACUUGUUUGUAGAGCUAGUUUAAUUGUUUUCUGCCGUUUAUUAGGCUAUUCCUAGUCAUUUCUUCCAUAGGCAACUGAGACAGAAGUUCUAAAACAAUCCCAAAAACAAGCACACUUCCACAUUGAAGAAUAAGGUCAAUAGGAUGCUAUACAACUACAUAUGUGUGUAUAUACACUGAAAAAAAUGUUGCAAACGAUUUAGAUGGGUUGAAUUUAAACAAAUCAAAUUUAGUAAUGUUCAACUUAAUUUGUUAGUUUAAAUUCAGCCCAAAUAAACUGUUUACAACCACUUACCUUUAAAAAUUUAGUAAAUUCAAGGAAUCAACUUUGAAUUUUUUUUUCACACACACACACAUGCACGCACACACACACACACACGCACGCACGCACGCACAAGCACGCACGCACGCACGCACGCACACACACACACACACACACACACACACACACACACACACAUUACAUUUGCCAGUACUGGAGCUAAUCAAACAAAAUAACUCGAAGUGCAAAAAUAAGUACACCAAAAUGAAUAUGCUAGGAAAAUAUAAUCAAAUUGUAAUGAAGAGGAAAAAUAAAACAAUAUUAAAUUUAAUACUUUAGUAAUUAGUUUUUUUGCAACACCUAAUUAGAAUUUAAUGUAUUAUCUUUAUUCCUAAAUAUGUUGACCACAGUGUUAUUAUUGGCCCGUUUCCACUGAGUGGUACGGUACGGUUCGGUACGCUUUUAUGGCCGUUUCCACUGUCAAAAAGCGUACCGAACCGAACCGUACCGUACCACUUUUUCGGCACCCUUUCGAAAGGGUACCAAACACGAGAAAGUGUACCAAAAGGCGGAGCCACACGCGCAGCUGAACUCUAUUGGUUUACAGAGAGGCGUCAUUCGCUUACGCAACAAGCCAGAAUAAAAACAAAAAACCCGCCAUGUUUGAAAUACACAGCCGACGAGCCGAGACAUUACAGCGGAAUGAUUUAUACAUAUAAUAACGAGCCAUGGUCGACCCGGGCUCAAACAAACCUUGUCGUCGUCUUAAUAAACAGCCACAAAUCCAAGAAGAAGAGCAGAUUUACCCUGUGCCCCGUAGUUUUUUACGAGCCAAUCUGAGGCGCGAGCGGUUUCGCUUUCUUGCUAGCGCUCGCGCGCGUCUAAUGGCCCGUUUCCACUGAGUGGUACGGUACGGUUCGGUUUGGUUUGGUACGCUUUUAUGGCCGUUUCCACUGUCAAAAAGCGUACCGAACCGAACCGUACCGUACCACUUUUUCGGCACCCUUUCGAAAGGGUACCAAAGACGAGAAAGGGUACCAAAAGGCGGAGCCACACGCGCAGCUGAACGCUAUUGGUUUACAGAGAUACGUCAUUCGCUUACGCAACAAGCCAGAAUGAAAACAAAAAACCCGCCAUGUUUGAAAAACACAGCGAGAGAUUUUAGCGGAAUUAUAAAUACAUAUAAUAACGAGCCAUGGUCGAUCUGGGCUCAAACAAACCUUGUCGUCAUCUUGAUGGACAGCCACAAAUCCAAGAAGGAGCAGAUUUACCCUGUGCCCCGUAGUUUUUUACGAGCCAGUCUGAGGCGCGAGCGGUUUCGCUUUCUUGCUAGCGCUCGCGCGCGUCUAACAUUAUAUCUGAAAUAACAAACUUCUUGAGCUGAUGAUAAUAACCUGCGCUUGAUUAUUGACGUGCUUUUGAAACCCGAUCCUGUCAGACACUGACAAACGCGAGAGUGAAGCGCGAAGAAACAAAAGAGAAGCCGGGAAAAAAGGAGCACAUUAAAUACGGGCGAAAUGUCUACUUUAUGUAGUUCUUCUGUAGUUGGGAACAUAUCGGAGACUGUAAGGGGCUGUAUGUGUUUAUAUAUGUUCAUUUAUUUAGUUAUUUAAUAUAAUUACAGACGUUACAGUAGGCUGUUUCGCACUGUCUUUGAUCUGCAGUUAUAAUCAACUCAUGUUCAUAGAAAAGUUAGUAAUAAACAUUUCUACACAAUUAUUUAUAUUUAUGAAGCAUCUGUUUUGUGAGAAGUGCUUCUCAUAUGAUAUGUAAGUGACCCAUACAGCUUUAUUGUAGACAUUUCCUGGAGCGAGAAUGACGUCGACUGAAACUUUCUGUCAUACACCACGCCCACCAAAAAGGUACCCUUGUUAGUGGAAACGCAAGCCUGAUAAAGGUGACCCGUACCAAACCGUACCGUACCGUACCGUACCAGUCAGUGGAAACGAGCCAUAACAUUAUAUCUGAAAUAACAAACUUCUUGAGCUGAUGAUAAUAACCUGCGCUUGAUUAUUGACGUGCUUUUGAAACCCGAUCCUGUCAGACACUGACAAACGCGAGAGUGAAGCGUAAAGAAACAAGAGAGGAGCCGGAAAAAAAGGAGCACAUUAUUUCAGCAAACAUGAACAAAAUGCCAUGUAUAACUAACUUAUUAUCUUCACAUUUUGGACCAAUAUGAACUCAGAAUGACGGAAUUACUGUCUAACAGAGGCUACAUGUGCUGCUGAAGAUUACAGACACAGAUAAGAGGUUUUCACUGACUGUAUAGGCUAUAAUUUGUGUUGUUUUCAACCUAAAUACUGACGAAAUGUCUGCUGUGUAGUUCUUCUGUAGUUGGUAACAUAUCGGAGACUGUAAGGGGCUGUAUGUGUUUAUAUAUGUUCAUUUAUUUAGUUAUUUAAUAUAAUAACAGACGUUACAGUACGCUGUUUCGCACUAUCAUUUAACUGCAGUUAUAAU